GGAGUGGCUUGGUGGAAUAAAGUGGUAAUGUUGGGCAUUUUUACCUUCAGUUUACAAAUUUAGUAUCUCUUUAUUUGCAGUAUGUGUUAUAUACAGCAUUACUUAUUUAAGAGUCUUACUUUAUUCAGGACUUUGAGGUAAAUAUUUACCAGUUUAACUUCUUCAAAUGUGAGAGAUAUGGGAAACUGGAAAGCAUGUGCAGUUGAAACUUGAGAAGUGCCAUGAAAGUGUAGUAAGAGUGGAGACAGAGUUGCACUGAUUUUAGACCUAGUGUCUAGAUAGAGGCUGUUUAACCUCUUGUUUCCUAUAUACAUAAUGAAGGAGGCUUGGAGAGGAUCAGCAUAUCCAGUCUGGAUAUAAGUUAGUGCUGAAGAAAUAAAUUCUGACGAUAUAGUCAGGAUACUAAAAACAUCAUUAAACAACGUAACGAAUAAAUAAAUAAAUAAAUAAAUGCUGGCCAUGUAUACUGAAACAUGGCGAAUGAUCCAGAGAGAGACCUUCUGCCUGUAAAGGAUGGAAUGUUGUAUGAGAGACACAGAAAUGUGUCAACUUUCUCACUUAAUAGUGAAAGAGAUAAACUGCAAUCACCAUACAUAUCAAAGCUUGACCGUAAGGAGCUGGAAGAUCGUUACAUGCGCCUGGUGGUGGACAACAAUCAUCUUAAGAGGGAGUGCAAUAAGCAGGAGGAGAAGAUAAAGAGACUGGCUACAAAGCUACUGCGGCUGGUAGCAGAACAAAAACGUGACUUACCGACAGCAGCUCAGCGUCAUGAUCAUGGUCUGGAAUCUUUGGUUGAGGAACAACAGCAACAGAUACGUGAGCUGCAGCAGAGCAAUGGGCAACUUCAGGACAGACUUAUGGUUCUACGUAACCAGCUUGUGGAACAUACAUACAUGCAUUCUGCAGUACAUUGUAAUUGGAUGAGAAAGUCACAGUCAUCAUCCAGAUCUUGUACUCGUUCUCAUACUGGAACUUACAUGCAAAGUUCUAGGCUGCAGAAUGCUGUGUCAUCAAAUGAACCUCAAAAUAUGUUCCAGCCAAAUUCACAGUCAAAUAUUCUGGACCAUAGAAAUAAGGAUCCUCGUCAGCCCCUAGGUACAGAAAUGGUAGAAGACCAUCAGGGACUUAAUGAUGAGCAAAGACCACCUGAAGUUCCAAACAACAAUGCUGCUGUUGCACCACAAAACCAGAAACUCUCAGAAGAGACCAUGAGACUGCAUGAACAAAUUAGCAUCUUGGAACAGGAUUUGGAGACACAGCGUGAGCAAAGCAGUGCUCGUAUUACAGAGCUGGAGGAUGAACUUGCCAAUACUGUAGCUCAGAAUCAGCAGCAGAAGGUUGCUGAAAAUGUAGAGAUGAUUCGACUGCAACGCAGCCUUCAGCAGCAGUCAGCCCACCUAGCAGCACAAAGCGCAAAGAACCAGGUUUUAGAACGUGAAGUGGCACAUUUACGCCAGGAGUUGGAGACUAAACAGCAAGACAGUGAUGAACUUCACCAUCAGCUGAUGAAUGAAUGUCGGAAAGUGGUAGAUUUGCAGCAGGAACUCCAAGGAGUGGCAUCAAAUUGCCUAUCAGUUAGGGAGUUGCAGGAACAGAUUAGAGACAUUCAGAAUGAGCGAUCUACCUUGAAGGAGCACAAUGAACGCCUCUUGGCACUGAUGUCAUCAAGACAGAUCCAGGGCUCAGAACAGGAGGUAGCUUUGCGUUCACAGGUGUCUCAGUUGGAGAGUAUAUUAUCAAAGGAGCGGAGUGAACGUGCCCUGCUUAUGCAGCAGAUAGAACAGCUGCAGCUUGAGGCACAGGAUCAUGCUCAUUUGCAGCUAUGUGCUGGGCAGGAAAGAGCUCUACGCGUUCAGGUGGCACAGUUGGAGGCAGCAUUAUCAACAGAACUGAAGGAAAAAAGCAGCCUGUUGGAGACUCAGAAUGAGAUGCAUCAGAAGAUGCCUGAACCCCAACUCUCAUCUGACACAGAGAAUGCACUCCAUAUCCAGGUGACACAACUUGAGACUAAACUGGCCAAAGAGAUGAGUGAUCGGGCGCAGAUUCUUGAGAGUCUUGAAGAAGAAAGGACACAAGUAGCAGCCCUGAAAGUUUCCCACAGUGACUUGCUAGUCAAAUUUCAGGACCUGCAGGCUCAACAUGCCAAGAUCGAGAGUCAGCUGCGAACAGUUCAGCAGGAUCCAAGGAGGCAUGUCAGUUUUCAUACUCCACCACGCGGUUCGUCUGUGUUGCCAUCACAUUCUCUGCUACGUGUUCCAACAAUAGAACAAAGCCAACAUGCUCAAACUCUUCAUGAGAGAUUGACUUCUAAGCCUGGGAAGAGUUUCUUCGCAUUGUCUUCCAGUGCCUCAUUUGCUGAAGACUUUAAUAUUUCUGCAAACAGGAUGAAUUGUGAGAAAUGCCAAGGUUUAGAAAGUGCUGAUGCAAGUGAGUCCAUUCCUGACAUAUCAAGUGACAGUCGAACAUCUCAGUUGUUAUGUUCUGAAAGUAAACUGUCUGCAACAUCAAUCACAGAUACAGAAUCCAAGAAUUCAGCCAAGGCAUCCAAUCAAGAACAAAGCCUUCAAAGGGAAGCUGUCAACUGUCAUAGGGUUUCCUCUCAGUCUUUGAGUUCUUGCCAUGCGUGUGAAAAUUUGGUGUAUAUAACUGAUAAAGAAGAGUACCCUAGUCUUCUAACAACAGAUGAAAUUUUGAUGACCAAUACAGAAGAUACUUUCAUAUCAAAAAGUGAUCACAGUGCAUUACAACAUGAUUCACAGUUGCAAAAAAAUGAGGAGGAGAAGUCAGUCUGUGAAGAAGGUUCCAAAAUCAAUGAUGAUUUAUCAAGGCUGAAGAUUCUAGAACAUGAUUCAUGGCAGAAUGAUGAGUUGGACACAAUGGAUUCUCAUCCUGGUGAUGACCAGCCUAUGACUGCUAACCAGCUGGAUGAACACUGUGAACUGGAAAAGUGUCGUGAAUUACUUCGGGUCCAGUACAACCUGAACAGCAUGUACAAGAAAGAGGUGGCAGGUCUUGCCCAGCAGUUGAAUCAAAAUGAGGAUGAUCAUGCAAAGAAAAUAGAUGAAAUGUCCAAUUUACUGCAGAAGUACACAGCACACAUUACUGAGCUUCAGAGCCGCCUGAAAACAUCUGAAAUUCAUCACACAGCUCACGAUACUGGCCAGCUUACAAUAGGAGUUGGGGAGGGCCUUUUUGAAAUCCACAUUCAAUGUUUGAAGCUCUCACCAGAAGGGUUAGGAAGCCUUAUGGAUGAACCCUUUGGUGCUGUAUAUAAGGACAAGGAACCUACCUCUCUAUUCUUAACAUGGGAAUUUUAUGAUCAAGAUGUGGCAUAUACACCGGUGAAGGCAGCUGAAACCUGUAUUGAAUUUGACAGUUCUUCUGUUCAUAGGGUUACUGUAAAUGAUCGGUUUCUUCAAUAUUUAAAAGAGGAAAGUUGUACUGUUGAUGUUCAUAUGGCAGUUGAUGAUGCAAGUGAAACUGUGGCCACGGGUUCCCUUCACUUCUCAGACCUGCUCAGAUUUCCACAAAAGAAGUUUCACAGUACUGUCCCAUUGGCAGGGACCAGAAGCUGUGACACCGUAUAUGAGUUUGGAAUCCUCGAGUGCUGGUUCAUACUGAGUUGUUCCAUUAGUCUUAUUGACAGCUUCAUCCAGCACAGAACAACAAAGAAGGUUACAAGAGCAAAAGUUCCUGUUCCUGCUCCAAGACAGAAAAAGGGACAGACAUCUACUGGGAUGAGUCGUCUGGUUUCUAGCAUAACACCUCAUAACAGUAUCACAGAAGAUCAAGUUCAACCUGAAGAAAACAUUCAUGUAAGAGUUAAUAUUAAAGAAGUUUUCACCAAAGACAAGCUUGGGGAAGGCACUGCAGAAGAUAUUCCUGAAGGAGAGAAAGGUCCUGUGGAAGGUAAUCCUGAAGGAAGUUGUACAGAAGAUAUUCCUCCGGAUUCUAUACAAGUAGAUAGAGAAACAUCUGACAGCAGAAAGUCAAGACAGGAUCAUAUUGCUGUAACUAUCAACUCUUUAUCUUUGAUUGAAGACUCUUCUGUAAUGAAGGACCCAGACAUCACACAGCUGUAUGUAGAGUAUCAGUUUCUGGGUUUCCAUGGCCAAGACCUUGAAACGCCAACUGCUGUGAUGAAACCGUGCUCUCCUGAAAACCAUCUUCUAUACAACUUCAGAAAGUUGUUUUAUGUGGAUAAGGAAGAACAUGCAGUACAACGCAAUAAGUUGCGAGCAAUGUUGAAGCCAGCAUCAGACCAUAGAAAUAUCUUGCGUUUCGUUAUUGUAAGCGAACCCUUGGAAGAGGAAUCUUCCAUCAAGGACUGCAAAGAAGUGGGGUGCGCAGAACUGAACCUUAUCCAUGCCUUGGCAGAUUGUGAUGAGAACAUCUACAAAACAGGCCUGCCAGUCCAUAGUACUACAGAUGAAGAAAUCGGGUUGCUCUUUGUGACCCUUGAGGGUAUUAAUCUCAUGAAAGGUAUAUCUUUUGAAUCUGAACUGUGAUCAUCACUGGGCAUGUGCCUCUUCAAGAGGCUUUACACUUAAAUAAAGCUACAAAUUAUAUUGUAUUGUCACAGCUUUUCUCACUUUACAGUGACAUUUAAAUUAUAUGAAAAUCUUCCCUAUGGGUUUUACUAUAAAGUGGAUUACAUCUAUUGCUUGUAUAUA